ACUCCGCCCCCGUCUACCUCCACCAGGGAGGCGGAGCGGAGCCGCGGAUCCCGUCGCCACGGCAACGCGGCGGCCGCAAACCGCUCCCGGGACACGCGGCGGAUCCCACCGGCGGCGGACCGGAGCGGGCGCGGCCCGACGGAGAGGAGCCAAUAGGCCUGGCCAGCAGCGUGCGAUGCCCCUCUUUGGGAACUCCUUCAGCCCGAAGAAGACCCCCCCCAGGAAAUGGGCCUCGCUGUCCAACCUGCACCUGCUGGAUAGAUCCACCCGUGAGGUUGAGCUGGGCCUGGAAUACGGCACCCCCACAAUGAACCUUGCUGGCCAGAGCCUGAAGUUCGAAAAUGGCCACUGGGUUUCAGAAUCAGGAGGCUUCCUGGGGGAUCGCAGGGAACUGCAACGCUUGCGCAAACGAAACCAGCAGCUAGAGGAAGAAAACAACCUGCUUCGGCUCAAAGUGGACAUUCUGCUGGACAUGCUCUCUGAGACCACUGCCGAGUCCCACCUCAUGGAGAAGGAGCUGGAGGAGCUGAAGCAGCACAGCCGGAGGAAGAAGUGAACAAGAGAUGGCCAGGCUGGUUCUGGGCCUUGGCCCUCGGGAUGCUGGGGCUGGCUUGGGCCUCCCAGCCGUGUCGGUACUGUGUGGAGGUACUUCAUUUCACGGGACCACGAGUGCCAAGAUGCCUCCAGCGCUGUGUGGUGCUGUGGGUACUGCUAAUGGCUGGUUUGGCACCACAGCGCUGUUAAUUAACACGAUUUUCCUCAGAGCACUUUACCUUGCUGCGUUUCCUCACCGCAGCCCAGCAUUGGUACCCUCUUCUCUAAGGCAGCCGGGCAGCAGGCGGUGGGACGAUCCAUCUCCAUGAGGGCUGCUGCUCGCCUUCUCCGCUUACCGAAUCGGGGAGACUGCCGCUCCCUCUGGGGAGCCCGCUUGUACAAGCCUUACCGUCUGCCUUGGGCGAGCAGGACGCUGCGGUUGCUCGUUCUCGAGAGUUUUGCAUAUUUUAUAUAAAACCUUGCAAUUAAAGCCC